UCACGUCACCAGAUACGGUUCUCAGCUCGCGCUGUCCGCUACAUCAGUUCAGGUGAUCGAGUUUCAUCUGAAUCACACUACCCCGCUUUUCUUUAAUUUUUACUUUGUAAAACCUUCUUGGUAAAAGAGCAGGAGUCGGUUUUGCGCUACAAUUCGCGGACAAUCUCAAAAUAAUCUCAUAAUCCCCGUUUCCCCCACACAAGGCUAAAAAACCGGGACCCUUAGAAGUUCGCGCGGAGCCUACUAUUGGGCAAGAAAGACAAGAGACAAAAAGGCCUGUUUCUGUGGCGGAAAAUAGGGACCUGGGGUUCAGAGACACGGACGCAUCUAAAGCGAAUUGUUAAAGCGGACUGUAUCUCACAUCUCUUCUUCCUUACUGCCACACUGGAGGGACAGAGGGAAAGCAAAGUGACGAUUGUGUGGCUGGAUCUCCUGAGCGACCAUUCGCAUUUUUAAUUCUGUGUCUCCAUUUGACUUGACAAGUUCGCGAUCCAGGAGCAGCCUACAUCUGUUUCUGAUUACAGAGGCUUUGUGGCGGAUCGAACCCGUAAGAAGAAGAGUGAGUCGUACCGGAGUUGCUGCAAAGGCGCUUCAGAGUGUAUGGCUUUGUGACAAAAUAUUCUGUAGAACUGAUCAUCGACCGGAGCAGAACUUAUUAUUCUUAUUAUUAUUCUGAAGUGCACGCGCCUGUCCACGGGAUUUUCAGUUCACGGCUUGCACCAUGGCAAGGCAGGCCAGUUCAUGGAUACUCUUAUUGGUUCUCAUGAAUACACCAGUGGGGAAUGGGCAGUCUGUGGAGAUGGACCCAGAAAUAUCUGGCUUUGUGGGUUCAACGGUGGAGCUGAGCUGCCGUUUCCUCAACAGCAAGAACCCAGUGAAGAUCUCACAGGUCACCUGGCAGAAGUUCUUCAAUGGCACCAAGCAGAAUGUGGCCAUUGCUAAUCCAGCACUAGGUGUCUCUUUGCUGCCUGCUUUUAAAGACCGUGUUACCUUCAAGCACCUGUCCAUGUCUCAGACAGAUUCUUCACUUGAGGACACCACAAUUGUUCUCAGCAACCUGCGCCUUUCAGAUGAGGCUGCCUACAUCUGCGAGUAUACCACCUUCCCAGCAGGCAACAGGGAAAACAUGGUCAAUCUCACUGUCUAUGCACGUCCCACGACGCAUAUGACCCUUACAACUCCCAUCAUCAUUGCACGGGCCCAGAAGCACAAGAUGACUGUUGCCACAUGUCUGUCAGCAAACGGAAAGCCACCUAGUGUUAUUAAGUGGGAUACCAAGCUAAAGGGCCAAGCAACAUUCCAGGAGACGCGCAAUCCCAAUGGCACAGUCACCAUACGCAGCAACUACGAGAUUGUACCAAGUCGUGAGAGUCACCGACAGAAGCUCACAUGCAUUGUCACGUACAAUUCUGAGCACUUCAGCGAUAGCGUCAUCCUCAAUGUUCAGUAUGAACCUGAGGUCAAGAUUGAAGGUUUUGAUGGGAAUUGGUACCUGGACCGUCAGGACGUGAAACUCACCUGUGAAGCAGAUGCAAAUCCAGCUGUCACUGGCUACCACUGGAAACUAUCGAAUGGAUCCUUGCCCAAAAACGUGGAAAUCAGAAACAACACUCUACUCUUCAAGGGGCCUGUGACAUAUGACUUCUCUGGCACAUACAUUUGUGAUGCCACCAACAGCAUCGGCACUCGGUCUGGCCUAGUAGAGGUCAAUGUGACAGAAUUCCCCAACCAUGUCAUUCACAGAGUGGACAAUGGCCAGGAGCAACCCAUUUCCAGUGCUGCAAUAUGGGGUGGUGUGGUGAGUGGUGUGGUUGUACUGAUCAUUGGUGUUGUGUUGCUCAUCUACUUUCUUCGGCGUCGUCAGCGCACCUUCAAAGGCGACUACAGCACCAAGAAACAUGUUUAUGGUAAUGGAUACAGUAAGGCGGGCUCUGUGCCUGCGCAUCCCACUGUGCCCAAGAACCUGCAGUACCCAGAUGACUCAGACGAUGAGAAGAAGGCCACUCAGAUUUCGGGGCCAGGGGCCUUUGAGGGCACAGAACGUGAUUUUGAUGGUAACUCUGAAGACCUAAAGAGACCCUAUUUUACUGUGGAUGAAGGUGAGAGCCAUGACUACGAUGAGCGGACUCUAGCUUUCCAAUAUGAGCCUGAGUCUGAGAUUGCAGAUGACAUGGUAUCCCAAACUGACGGCUCUGUCAUUUCAAAGAAAGAGUGGUAUGUGUAGUCUAGCAACAAAAAAUGAGAUCAACGUUAUUCUGAUCUUACCUGCAUUCUACCACACCCCUUCAUCUCCAUCACUAGAAGCCUUCUACCCAUCCUGGCCUUCAUUCCAUCCCUCAAUCCCCUUCAAGCCAGCAACCUCUGCCCUCAUCAAACACAUUUAAUUGAACAUAAACAUGAAAAAUGCUUGCAGCGUUGACAAAUCAACAUCACAAUAUUUCCACUUACUAGUAAUUUAACCUGAUACAGCAGUGAAAAGAGGUGUGAUCUUUAAUUCAUGCCAAUAGCCAUUGACUCCUAAAGCUGUACAGGCCAGUUGCUUGAAACUUUUAUGGUGCAUUAUUAUUAAUAUAAUUUGUUUCAUUUUGUUGACGUUACAAUGUAUUAAAUGUAUUAAAAAGAGACUUUGAUAAUGAAUGAGCUCUCACCCAUCUUGUGAAAGUCCAACACUGGAUGUAUUAUAUUUUGUUAUUUGUUUUAAUCUCAGUACUCUUGUGUUUUCAUAUAUGAUUUUUUUUUUAAUUGUCUUCCUUUUUUUUGGUGUUGGUUUUCUGAAAAUGAUAAGGUUAUGUAUAAAUGGAUAGUUAUGAGGAAUGUGGUCAGUUGUGUUGCAUCUGACUGAUAUUAAUUGAUGUUGCAUCUUAUCGAAUAACAGGUAAUAACAGGUUCCUGAUGAAGUUUCAGAAACUUGGAUGCCAGUUUAAAUUGAAAUUCCAAGUCUUUUCUCUGCCUUACUCAGAGAGAUCAGAGCAAAAAAUGAUAUAAAAUGGUGAUUAACUGGCUUCUCACCUCAUGUCUCAUGAGAAUGCUCUUACAGAAGCGUGUGAUCUUAUGCUUGUUCAUCUUUCUCCCAUUACUUAUCUCUGGUGACAUUAUUGGUUAUUAAAGUAUUUUAAUACUUUGACAAUGUACAUUUCACUACAUUACACUAGAGGAUAUAAAUGUUCUACAGACUUUUAAUAGAGUACAAGGUUUAUGUCUUUGUUUUUGGUGGUUUUUUGGUGACAUGGGGUAAUGCUAUGUAGAGUUGGAAUGUGUUUGACACUGUACAUAUUAAAAUAGGGCUUAAUAUGUUAUGCUAACCUUUUGUGACGUGCAUUUAUAUGAUUGUACUCACGAUUGCACAUGACAUCUGAUCUUUUGGGUGGCCAGAGUGACAUGGAACGUGAAAGCUAAAGCUUUUGGGAAAAUGGAAAUUUUGAAAAGUUCUGUGUGACAAAAUGAGCUUACCUGGACAUGAACUUUAAUCAUGUGCUUAAAGGUUGUCCAUCCUUGUUGUUUUGGUUUUUUCAUUUUUAUUUAGGAUCACAGCAAACAAGGCAAAGGCAACUGUGUUCUGCCAAAAAUACUGAUCUAAAAAGACUGAUCUAAAACUGCAGCGCAACAUACCUCUUGAUUAUCUAAACCAUUGACUGUGUUUUGCAGUGUUUUUUUUCUACAACCUUUCAUACAUAUAGGGAGAAUUAUUGUUGGUAAAAAAUAAAAAUAUACAAAAAAAUAAUGAGAAAGUCAAUAAGUAAUCAAUCAAAAAUAACUAGCUAUCUGAAAAGAUGCAAAGUUGUCUUAUUUUAAUGUGUGUUUUUUUCUCCUACAGGUGUGUACAGGUGUUUGUGCAUGCCCUUUUAUUUAUCAGUUUUUUUUUUUCAUCUUUUAAGCUUUUCAGCAUAAGAUACUUUAUGUAAUAUUCCGUUUUGUUCAGUUUGUUGACUAUGGCAGUAGAACACAGUCCAGUGUAAUGGGACAUUGGGUUUUUUGUACAGUAGGUCAUGCAAGUUCAUUUAUAUCUUUUUAGUCACCCAAAAUUCAUUUUAACCACAACCUGUGAAUGAAAUACCCAGCUCCUCUACCUGGCUUAAAAUUAUAUUAGGAAAGAUUCAUAAUCUAAUACACAGCCUUUACACAUGCUGUUUUUGUAUGUAUAUAUUGGAACCAUAAAUAAGUGCCACUUAUUGUUAUCAGUUUAUCAAUCUAUUCAUUUUGGCAAAACUCCAUGAAAAACCAUAUUAUGUCUGUGAGAUGUAAUUGUUAUACAGAAUUCAGGGACCUCAAUGAAACAGAGCUGUGUUAUAAACGGUUUCACCAAGUUCCAGGAUAAAGCUAUUCAGAAAGAUGUUUACACAUGCAGCACAGUGUGGAGGGGAAUAUUUUUGCCGUUUUGAUGUGUUUCUUUCUAGUUCAAGUGUUAGUGUGCUGAAUUUACAAAUCAUGUAAUUAUACAAUAUCCCUCUUUGGGAAAUCCCAGCAGUGGAUAGUAAGAUCCAUGUUACUUUAGUUCAUAGCAUUUAAUUACUCGUUUAUAAUGUGUCUCACCAAAAUCCUAAAUAGACUUAAAAAUUUAAACUUUGCUUUUAAUCACCCUCAAUAUUCUGUAAUGAAGUCAUUUAAAUCACAGAGAAAUGACAAAAGUCUAAUUUAUAUCAGACUAGGUACAUGAAUUCACUCUCUAGGUUGCUUCUGGUAUGCUCCCAUUCAAAUCGGCAUGACUCUUCAUUGUCUCUUCAGCUUAUCUGCCUGCUCACUCCCAACCUCAUGCGAUUAAAAACCAACUGCUCCCACAACUUUCUGGGGGGUCUGACAGAUCCCAGUCCCAAUGCACAUCUCAGGCACUCCAAUUAAAGCACUGAAUAUUGUUAUAAUGACUUUCAAAUAUCAAUUGACAUUAACCUCCUUUAUGUGAUGUACUUAAUAGCAAUUGAUCUUUUUUUGCCCAAAUGACAUUUGAGUUUUACAUUUAAACUAUGAAUCAUCUUACAGUAAAUGCCCACUCAAAGGCCUGAUUUUUCAUUGUAAAUAUAAUAUAUAACAUUUGCGAAUCAAAAUGUUAACAAUCAUCACACGAAAGAAAUGGCUCAUAUUUAGUGAAAAUAUGAAAAUAAAAGUUAUUUUGGGAAUUUUACUUUUAAUGUUAAUGGGUUCUAUGUAAGGAUAGAUCACUUAGACAUAUAACAAUUUGUAAUUAACUGCCAAAAAAGAUUACAAAAAAGGAUCUAGUCCCCAUGCAGUCAUGUGAAUGUAUGUUUGCUGAGGUUGAUUACUGUUCACCCAGUGAAGUAACCUGUAUUUGCUUCAAAACAUUAAAUGAUUUCAAUGUUCAA